UGAUUUGCCAAUGCAUGUAUUGUUAUCGUGAUUAUAGCGGGAGUUCUGGAGGAAAUAGUUGAUAAAAAUGCAAAACUCGGGGUUCGUACCAACAAAUGCGCAAUUAACCGAAGAGGAAAAACGGAAUGUUAUGCAGCAGUUAGGUGAUAUUUUUAAUUGUUCGCCAAGCCAUCAAAUGCGUAACCUUUGUGAAUCGCAAGCCUGGAAUGUUGACCGAUGCGUCGACUAUUUGAUAAAAGCUAAUAGCAACGGUAACAGUGAAAACCAAAGAAAACUACGUAGUGGGGCAGUUCCAAAACAAAACAUGCCCUUAGCAAAUAAGGAUACGGUUCAGAACCGACGGUAUACUGAUAACUCGUUAAAGACCAGUAAAACGCAAAAUACAUCUAGUUUUGUAGAACUGCGUAUUGCUAAGUUGAUAAAAGAUUGCUCAAAGGUUAUGGUGUUUCUAAGGGGCGCACCAGGAAGUGGAAAAUCUUACUUGGCGAAGAGUUUUAUAGAAAGUUGUGUAUCAAUGAAUGAUCAGUACACAUUUAGAGAUUUCAUAUUUAGUACCGAUGACUUCUUUUACAAUUCUUCUGGUGUAUAUAAAUAUCAACCGUCACUAUUAGAUAAAGCUCAUGAAUUUAAUCAACGGCAAGUGGCUGAACGGGCUCAGGCUGGUUGGAGUCCAAUUUUUAUUGAUAACACGAAUAUAAAGCUAUGGGAAAUGAUGCCUUACGUACAAACUGCUGUACAAAAUGGAUAUAUUAUUGAAAUUUUAGAACCUAGAACAUCCUGGCGUAAUUCAGCGGCCAAACUAGCCGCUAAAAAUGAACACGGAGUACCUAUUGAAAAAAUAAAGAUAAUGUUAAAUAACUUUGAGAAAUGCACAGUGAACGAUUUAUUAAAGAUGCUAAAGACGACAAAAUACCAAGUUGCAUUACCGCAAAUACGGUCAAUUCCUCCUGUACCGCUUACACAAACAGAUGUCGAAACAGACGAAGUGUUUCAAAUAUACAAAUUUGAGAAAAACUAUUCACAAAGUGACUUCAAUACAGUUCCAUCAGCUGCUUCCGACAAUACCUCUCAACCCGCAAAUACACCGAAACCGCAAAGGGAGAAAUCUAAAAAGAAAAACUCGACAGCUGAAAUAAAAUUGCUAAAUGUAAUUGAAAAUAAAAAUGAAAUGAACGUAAUCAAUAGUAAUGAGUCGGAGGCUUGGCAACCUCAUGAACAAGAAAUAAACAAAUUUUGGAAUAUGAAACCAAACUUAUAUGAGAACCACAUCCAAGCAUCCAAAUAUAAGGAAAAGAAAGAAAAGACAAUUUUAGACUUAUUACGCGAAGGUGUUUACGACUCAAAUAAACCACAAAGCGGUAAAGAGCAGGAAGGAGAUUUAAAGCAAAAACCAACAUUUGGACGUCAUAGUAUCGGAUGUGAGAACGAAAAUAAAGAAUUUGCAUCUUUACGUCAAAUAUAUCCAAAUAAAGAGUUGGCCAGUCUUUGGGAUUUAUUUGUAAAAUGUGGAGGCGAUAUAGACUGGACAGUUGAUCUACUUUUGAGAGAGGACGAACUCAUGGCCCCGUCCGGCAGUCAUAAUACGGAACAAGUACCUGAUAUUGUAGAUGACUUCAAAUGUAAUUGCGCGCUAAUACAGGAAAAUACUACUGGAUCGAUAUCACCAAUACUUACACCAGCUCCGGGACCAGGAACAAAACCACAAAGACAACGAACGCGAGCUACGCGUAUGAAUCAACGGUUAAAUCCAGAAUUCCAAGAAAUAUCAGAAGUAUUAGCAAAUCGUUUUGUACUUGAUGGAGAGCAAUUUUCGCCACAUGUUCGAAAACUGCGUGAAAUGCGAGAAAAGCUCCGAAAUCCUUCUCAAAAAUCCUAUGCAAAUAUUGAAGUUCAGACUGAUCCCCUAAUCGAAGAGGAAACUGCAGAUGACGACGAGUUCAAUUCGGAAACAAAUGAAAUAAUUGAGGUAAAUCUAGGAGAAGAUUUAGUAAAACAACUGAGGCAAAUAUUCCAAGCUGAGAUGACGUCACUAUUAGAGAAGCUACCAGAUAAUCCAGUUUUAAAUGUAUUUAUGCCACGCUCACUAGCUAAAGAGCUUUACAUGCUAUGGAUAGAAUCGGCAUAUAAUCAGCUUGAAGAACAAAGGCAACAAAUAAUGAGCGAAGAUGCUCAUUUUGCCCGCUUGCUUAAAAAUCCAAAGUAUGAAAAUUGUAAGGAGUCGCCCGAAAAUAUUCAGGAGUUACUAGAUAUGGAAUAUGCAUGGCAAAUUUACAAAAAUGAUCAAGAAAUAGAAAUCCAAAGAACACAACAAAUAAAAGAACAGUAUCAACCAAGCGACUUGGCCUCACACUUAACGCAAAUGAAACUAUGCGAAACAUUUCCAAGCAUUCCACGAGAAACACUGGUUGAAAUUUUAACAGCUCAUGAUAACAACUACAACGAAACAGUCCAAGUACUUAAUAAAACCACUCAGCCCAUAGAAGACCAUCAAGUUUCAGAUUUACAUAAGAAAUUGGUGGACUGUACCUUAGAAGAGCAAGAAAAGAUUAAAAAUGAACAACAAAAUACCAAAAGUAAAACCAACUUCAGCGAAGCUAAUGGAGAGCGCGUUAUUAAAGUGCCUCUGCAACCAGAGGAAGCAAAACGAAUGGCAUUGCAUGACUUUGAAGAAAUGCGAAACCUAGCAGCACAUCAUUCUCAGCUGAAAGCAGAAUGCUAUCAGAAAGCCAAAGAAGCUAUGCAAAAGGGGUAUAGCGCGGUCGCCGUUUAUUAUUCACAAAUUGCCAACUUGCACAAAAUGAAAUUGGAUAUGUACAAUCAUCGUGCAGCCAAUUGUAUUAUGGAUGUCCACAAGUACACUCAAAAUAACCCAGAACUUUUGGAUUUACACUAUUUGCAUGUGUUGGAGGCUAUCGGUUGUUUGGAUAUAUUUUUAGAUCGACACAUUACAGGAUUGCGAGCUAUCUCUCGUAAUUAUAAGCACAUAUUCAUAAUAACGGGACGUGGUCUACAUAGCACAGGCGGAGUGUCUACAAUUAAAAACAGAGUUAAAAUUCGUUUGAAAGAGCGCAAUCUUAGGUGGAGUGAAGUAAAUCCAGGAUUAUUGAAAGUGAAAAUAUUUUCCGCAUCAAAACACUCCAAAAACAUUUAAUGUUAUCGGACAGUGUGUGAGAAAUUCCUAACGCAAUCAUUCUAUAUUUUAAAGUAAAGUUUUUAAUACGUAUUUAUAUGUAUUUUAUCAAUAAGAAUGUUACUACGUAUAAAUAUUUUUUUACACAAUGUUAUGAUAAAAUAAGCUUUUGUAGAAUUAUUUAAGUACUCAUACAUACAUGUGCAAAAUAAAAAUGGUGCUAUGUAAAAAAAAGUUA